UGCCCUGCAAUAUUGGGCUGAGAUGCACAGAGUAAAUGGGAUGGUGGUGUAUUGUUUUGCAUGACGCUGAAAGUUCCGAGGCAACUACACAGUUCUUUGAAUCAAUUUUGGAUACAUCGUAUUUCGUUGCUGUCGAAUAUGGUGAAUUUUGUGGCGAUCUGAAAGACAGGGUUUACUUUCUAACCGCACACACCGAGAGGCAGCCAUAUUCAAAUGAGUUUCUCCCAAAAUGGCGACGACAACUUCGGUAAAUGUCAGUCUGGAUGAUAUAGAUCUGUCAAGUCUGAGGGACCCUGCUGGAAUAUUUGACCUUAUAGAAGUAGUUGGCAAUGGGACUUACGGGCAAGUUUACAAGGGCCGUCAUACCAAAACAGGGCAGCUGGCUGCAAUUAAGGUGAUGACUGUCACAGAGGAGGAAGAGGAAGAGAUAAAGCUUGAGAUUAAUGUGCUGAAAAAGUUUUCCCAUCAUAGAAACAUUGCGACCUACUAUGGUGCCUUUAUUAAGAAAGGACCACCUGGAAAAGAUGACCAGUUGUGGCUUGUCAUGGAGUUCUGUGGAGCAGGCUCCAUUACUGACCUAGUGAAAGCAACAAAAGGCAAUUCGCUGAAAGAAGAGUGGAUUGCUUAUGUCUGCAGGGAAAUACUGAGGGGCCUGGCCCAUCUGCAUAACAGUCGUGUCAUACACAGGGACAUCAAAGGACAGAAUGUUCUAUUGACUGAUAAUGCUGAAGUCAAGCUGGUGGACUUUGGUGUCAGCGCACAGCUUGACCGGACAAUUGGUCGACGCAAUACAUUUAUUGGCACACCCUAUUGGAUGGCCCCGGAGGUUAUAGCCUGUGAUGAAAACCCAGAAGCCACAUACGACAACAGGAGUGAUCUGUGGUCUUUGGGUAUUACUGCAAUAGAAAUGGCUGAAGGGAAACCACCUCUCUGUGAUAUGCAUCCUAUGCGAGCACUCUUUCUUAUACCCAGAAAUCCCCCACCUAGGCUCAAGAAUCCUGUAAAAUGGUCCAGCAAACUUCACAACUUUGUGGAGUCAUGUCUUAUCAAGGAUUACACAGCCCGCCCAAACACAGAACAGCUGCUGAAGCAUCCCUUUAUUCGUGACCAACCUACAGAGCGCCAGACCCGCAUACAGCUCAAAGAUCACAUUGAUCGACACAAGAAGAAUAGAAAAGGAGAAGAUCACGAGACUGAAUAUGAAUAUGAAGGAAGUGAUAAUGAAGAUGAAGAUGAAAACACCAUGCCAGGAGAACCAAGCUCCAUUCUACAAAUUCCGGGUGAAAGCACUCUGAAACGCAACUUCCAGCAGAUCCAGGAACGGGAGGCCAAGCGUCAGGAGUCUUCACGGCACCAGCAGUCAAGGCAGCAUGGGCAGCCACGUCCUCUGUCAGCUCACCAUCAGCAGCAGCCCCACCACUCGCCACCACUGGUGCCACAGCAGUCAGCCCUUGGAGCUUUAUACCAGCCUCAGCCAGCGUCUGCUGUGUCCCAUCAUGUACAGCAGUACCAGCAGAACCAGCCGAGGCCAGGUUCCAGUGUUUUCCAGAUGAAGCCCUUGCCAGCAGUUCCAUCAUCAUCUCAUGAGCAAGGUGCUAAACAGUUUCCAAUGCAGCGUCUCAUUGUUAUGCCUGAUCCUCAGAAUCCAUCUUCAAAUGCAGGCCGUGCAAUGCAACCCAGCACGAAAUCAAACAUCUUUGGUGGGCCUGUUAGUAAACCAGAGGACCUGGAGAGACUGGCUGCCCAGCUGAGUAAAAUUGGUGCAGAAGAGCGUGAAGCCAAAGCAAUCAUUGUUGAAGAUGAUGAUGAAGAAGAAGAUGAGGAAGAGGAAGAAGAGGAGGCUAACAAGGAUGGGACCUUGCCAGCAUCGGAACCGGCAAGACCCUUCCCACCACAAGGUUUCAGUGAAGACACCAUUGAGACACAGUCAUCUAUGAUAAUUCAUGAAGAAGUUACUCAGCCGCCAUUGCCUGCCACCUACGACUUGAGCAAACUUAACGAGGAUGAUGGAGACGGCACGCUCAUCGCCAGACGGAACAAGUCAGAGCCGACAGUCCAAGAUGGGAACCGACAUGGCCUGCGUCGUUCUGACAGAGACAUCCCAAAGAAUGUGGGCAAACCUCCACUGGCUCACCUGCAUAGAACUUCAUCAAAUCCAUCUACACCCAGUGCUGCUGGAGGUGUGCAGUCACCACGUCACAGUACCAGCAGCGUGAUGCCUGACUUGUUACCACCACACACCCCACCACAACCACGCUCACCGCCCACUCCUCAGCGUCCUCAAGACAAAACCACGUCAGAUGAGUAUCGACAGGCAGUCAGCAAACAGCCUUCCAUGCGUCACCAGAGAUCCUUCUCCGCCUUUGGCUUUGGGGCUGGUGGAGGUAGCGGCGGCGGCGGCAGCAACACUGGCACCCUGACAUCACUGUCACAUCAGUCCCGCCGUGGGUCACAGAUCAACGUCAAUGUCACACCAUCCCAGACCACCGAAUCAGCCAGCGACACCCCAGAAAUCCGCAAGUACAAGAAGCGCUUUGGCUCCGACAUAAUGUGUGCAGCACUUUGGGGUGUUAACUUGCUAAUUGGAACAGAGAAUGGCCUUAUGCUGCUUGACCGCAGUGGACAAGGGAAAGUGUACACACUCAUCUCUAGGCGACGGUUCCAGCAGAUGGAGGUCUUGGAGGGGCAGAACAUUCUGGUUACCAUCUCUGGCAAGAAAAAUAAGAUCCGUGUGUACUACCUCUCUUGGCUGAAGACCAAAAUCUUCAAGACUGAAGGGAGUGACAAGAAGAACGGAUUUGUUAACGUAGGAGAGCUUGAGGGCUGUGUGCACUUCAAAAUAGUCAAAUAUGAACGGAUCAAAUUUUUGGUCAUAGCACUGCACGACAGCAUAGAAAUCUAUGCUUGGGCACCAAAGCCUUACCACAAGUUCAUGGCUUUCAAGUCUUUCACAGAGCUGGUUCACAAACCUGUGUUGGUGGACCUUACCAUUGAAGAAGGUCAGAGGUUAAAGGUCAUCUAUGGAUCCAAUAUGGGCUUCCAUGCCAUUGACCUCGACACAUCUCAGGUCUUCGAUUUGUACAUUCCUUCACAUACUCAAGGAACAAUCACUCCACACACCAUUGUCAUUCUUCCGAACACCAACGGCAUGCACCUUCUUCUUUGCUAUGACAAUGAAGGUGUAUAUGUGGACACCAAUGGGAAGGUUACAAAAAAUGUUGUCCUGCAGUGGGGUGAACUCCCCACCUCUGUCGCAUACAUAAGCACAGGGCAGAUAAUGGGUUGGGGCAACAAAGCCAUUGAAAUUCGUUCAGCAGAAACUGGUCAUCUGGAUGGUGUCUUCAUGCACAAGAAGGCCCAGAAGCUGAAAUUUUUGUGUGAAAGAAAUGACAAGGUGUUCUUCUCAUCAGUUCGGUCUGGCUCUUCUUGUCAGAUUUACUUCAUGACACUCAGCAAGCCUGGUCUUGCCAACUGGUGAUGACACACGUCACAGAGCAGAUUAUGGACCUUGCAGUUUAGCCUGGCCUAGCCAACUAGUGGAUGUCACAUCACUCAAGCCUACACUCCCUGCAGUUUCCAUGACCCCCACAAUAACACCCUUCUUGCCAGUCAAAGGUCUCAGGAUUGUGUUGGUCUGAUACCUGUAAGGAGAAGACUUUUCCACCAGAAAAUUUCAUUUAUUUAAAAAAAAACAAACUCAGAAGUGGUGACUUGGAAGUGGAAAUGUGGACAUUGACAAAUUACACAUGAGAGAGAGGAAGUGUUCAUUCUAGUGAAAUGUGUGGUGCUCCAUUCAAGACUACAUCCACCACCCCCAACCACCCCCACCAAAAAAAUAAGCUCUUACUGUGAAUUGUCUGUGCUGUUAACUGUUCACUGUGAAAAGAAGUUUCUUAAAAUAAAUAGAAGAAACGUUUCGUGAUGGUAUCUGUGACCCAUGCCACAAACUUAAGAACUUGGCAUUAUGUGUAAUAUUUUGAUGCUGUCUCAUCAUUUAGACCAGUUGUCAGAGAAAAACAGAGUGGGAUUGAUGUUUUCGCCAAAGGAAUAACAGAUUUUUGCACUUGGAGUUUUAAUUCUGCCAGAAAAUUAUCAAGUAGGAGAUGGAGGACACUAUUUGUUGUUGACCAGAAACAAUAUAAAACUCUUUAUGCAUCCAUGAAUGUAAAGCAUAUGCUGCUUGACAUUAACUUGUCAAUCUUACCAUGGUCAGAAUUAAGAUUCCAAGCCAAAGAUGCAGCACAUAACAUUUUGAUCAAAGAAAACUUUAUUUUUACAAAACUAAAAGAGCAGCACUCCUUUCCCCUUAGUUGCUGUCCGAUAUCAGUUGAGAACUGAAUUCCAAAAUAUGUCACUCUCCAGAGCUAAAGUCCAAAGUCACCAGAAUUCAUAUCUAGGAUCCUAUGGAAAUGGUCUGUUCCAAGAAAGCAGAUUUGUGAUCAAGGUUUAAAUAUACACUAGCUAAAAGCAUUGUUGUGAGGUGACGUUUUCUUCAUCCUCACAGCCCCAUCUCAAAAUAAAUAACCUGCAGUUUCUUUAAGUGUGCUGUCUCCAUUCUAAAGCAUGGUAUCUUGAUCUGUCAAAAUAAAGUGGGAAAGAGAUCAUAUGUGAAUGAGACAUGGGUGACAACCAGUUAUUUUUUUGUUUUUACUUGUAUCUUGUGUAGUAAACAAACGACAACAGCCCAUCCAGCUUUAAUUAACUACAUUGAAUCAGAUUUUUCUUAGUCUCAUAAUGUUCCAUAAAUUUAGCAAUAUAUUUGUGACAAAGUAUAAUGGUCAUGGACUUUUUGUAUUUGCAAGUUCAUGUGAGGUAAUUUACUGUAUACUAAGCUAGAAUAAAUAAACAUGAUCAUUAAUACAGUUAAGGUGCAUAUGAGAGCUUUUAUAUAGAUAUAUACAUAUGUAUAUGAUAUAUAAGAAUCAUGUAAACUUUCUAAUUUUCGAUAUCUCCUAUUUCUUUAAUUGAAUAGGGAAAUCAAAUUUAUGAGAUAUAAGUGAUUUAUGAGAUUUAGGAAUGAAUUACUGAACUGCAUUUUUACAAAAGCAGCAGAUUAUGGUAACAAUGGUGUUUUGGGUGAUGUUGGAUUUGAUAGAUUUUGUGGGUUUUUUACUUUUUCAAAACAUAUGUUCAGAUGGUCAUUUCUGAUAAUCUACACUUUUCUGCAUGAUAGUUGGGUUUUUUUCACAUGCGCCAAGCUGCUAUGAGGUGAGAAAGCUACUUUGCUAAUUGUUUGCCAUUACAAUGCAUUAUUCUGCUGGACAAGUCAGUAAAAAAUAAUGCUUACACUGCUGGGAAGGAUUUUUUUCUAUGUAGCUCUAAAAGGUAUGGAGCACUCUUUAUGGAUGUACUAGAUCAGCUUGCAACCACCAACAGUAUGUCUGCCCCUUGUGUGGAUGCAAGUAGCUAAUACUGGUACACUCUUAUGUGCACAGCAUGAGGUUCAAAUGUCUGUGAAAGUACCUGGUAUUAUAAUUGUCAAAACUGCUGAUAGUGGGUUUUUUUCAAAGGACAAAUUGUCAUGCUACUUUAGUUUUUUUAAGCCUCCCCACUUCAGUCAUAUCAUUUGUCUGGCUUUUAGGGUGACUGUUCCACAAUGUGCACAUAAUGAUAACACAGGAAAUGUCUUUAAAGAGUUGCAGCGUGCAAUGUUGCAAAAUAGUAGUCUGUCUGUAGAGGUCCUGUAGAGUGGGAUAUAGUGUAAUAUUGGUUUUUGCAAGUGAGAGAAGGGGAGUGUGUGUGUGUGUGCAUUUUUGUGUAAUAAGAGUCAUAGAAAUUUGUGACUGUGUAGAUGCCAGUACUUAAAUAACUCUGCCUCCACCAUGAAAACCCUAGAUACAGCAACAUGAUCCAGAGUAACACCUUUUGACAUCUGUGCAAAGCCUCUUUUUUUGUUUUCUUUUUUUUUUUUUUUUUUGUUUGCACUUUUCUCUGAGAUAUUUGGCAUAAUACAAACUACAUUUCUAUAUACAUUAACAGUAUCUUUCCUUAAGCAAUUCUCAUCACAUUUUCUGAAAGACCAGUACACCCGUUCCAGACCUGCGUAAAACCUGCAAUAAGUCACUCCUACCGAUAAAAAGUCUUUGGGUUUUCAUCCCCCUCCCCCUGUUUGGUUGCUUUUUGUGACAGCGUGCCUGUAUGGUUGAAAUAAUAAUGUUAUUUCUAAAUCAAAUAUCCUGAUUGGUCUUGCAAUCUAGAUAACCAACCAACAAAAAAAAAUGGUCAAAAAUUUAUAUAUACAACACCAAAAUUAGGCUAAAACAUUUUACCACAAAAUAGGUUUUGGGAAGCAGUAUAGCGUAGUGGGUAGUAAACUUGCUACAGAGCAGAGGUCAGUGGCUCAAGGCCUGGUGGAUCUGUGGCUGGAUUAACUUCUGCCUAGGCAUAUGGACUCCAGGUAUAUUGGGGACAGAUUUAUCUUCAGGAAGGUUUUUUUUUCCCCAGUUGGUGACUAUUCUAAAUUACAACAGACUUGUGGACAAUUUUCCUAAAAAUGUUGCAUAGAUCUUUGUUUCCACAUGAGCUGUUGUUUUUGGCUGUUGAUCGUUAACAAUCUUUGAUACAGUUUGGCAGAAGAAGUCAGGUAUAGUUAAAACCAGCCACUGUGAGAACCAGAGAUCUAUGAACUAGCAUGGUUUUUGUUAGCAGUCCUUCCUGUCCAGCAGCUCCAAUAUCCAGUCUUACUAGGAUGAUAAUAGAGAAAGAAAGCACAGACCAUCAGGAUACAAAAAUCCAGAAAUGCUACAUCUGACUGACAGACACUGUUGGUCUCUAUCGUGUAACUUAGCAAUAGCAGUUGUACAGCUGGGUGAGUCUUGUAAGUGUGUAGUAAGAAUUGUUGUCUUCUCGUGUUACAUGACAUGUUCAUGUUUUUCGUUUCUGAAUUGAAAGCUUAAAUGGUUAUAACCCCCGUAGACCAAAUAUGCCUUCCUUUCUCUUGUAGUGUGGCCUGCUCGGUGACACGUCCACUCGCUCAUACACACAUAAUACAUACACACAUUUUAGUGCAUGUAGAGGAUACAGAGCAAAGAACAUGUUGCAGUGUCUGAACAGGAAAUGAGUAUGUGAGGGAGUGUAGAAAAAGACAGCAUGCAAGUUCUUCUAAAGAUAUGCUUUAAUUUGUUUUUCUCACACUUGGUGCAUAGGCAUGUGCUUUGAAGAUUUUAAUCGGUGGAGUUUUGUGUAGGUAAAUGAUGUAAAAGGCUUUCUGCAAUCUUAAUUAAUCCUUACAAGCUGUUGCAACAGGAGAAUCCUGUGAUGGUAAAAUAGUGGAAAAUGUUUGCAGUCAUUUUUCAUGAAGUGCGCAUCGGUGAAUGCGGAAUUCGAAGCCAAGGUGCCAUUCCAAAACCUUCCAACCACUUACACUACAUCUUAUUUCACAGUCAUUGAUGGGUUAAAAUUUGCUUCAUACAAUCUUCAAAGUCUUUUUAGACAGUUCCAGAUUUUAACUUUCCAAUUUUCUGAUCUCAAGUUUACUUCCUUCCAUCAGUGUCGUAAAUUGUUGUGCUUUGGCACAAUCAUUUAAAGCAAUCAAAUGGCUGCUUGGUCAAGCAAAGAUGUUCACAUAACAUCUUACUGAUGAUCACAGUAUGAGCUAUCCUAGAUGGCUGAAAAGGCAGAAAAGAGCUAAUUGUAAACAAGAAUCAAUCUACUCAGCAUGUUUAUCUAUCUUCCAUCAUGAAAAAAGUUUAAAGGGAAUAAUAGUAUUGCCCAUUUUAUCAUGACGUCAUUUUAGAGUCUUACACAUUUUGUAAUUGCUAUUUGUUAGGAAGGAGUUGAUUGCUACCAAAAACAUUUAGGAAAAAAAAAAUAGUUUAUUCACUUCUAUAAGACAGCAAAUAAAACAAUGUAGAAAUGUGUUCAUUUUUGUUCAUUAUAUUUUGAAUUAUUUAUCCUCUAUAUGCAAAAAUGACCACACUACAAAAAGAGAGUAACAUUUCAAAAGAUUUUUUAUCGAUGUAGGUGUACUGCUCUAGGUAAAUAGUUUUUUUUAAUUUUUCUAGUCUAAAAGUAUUUGUAUCAGAUAAUUUAACAUACAAAACUAGCAUAUGAUAAAUGAUUUAUUUGGGUCAAUAAUGUCAGCUGUGUCACUGUGUAAACAAAACAAAUCGAUGUAUAUAAUGCAGGCGGAACAAACAGUGCAAAUUGUAAAAUAUAACUUUGUCAUCAGCACAAGGUAGAUCCAGUUGCACCUGCCAAAGCUGGUUGAGUGUUACCUUUAUACCUGUCUGAAGGAGUGAGAGCAUGGGAUGUUGAUGCACAGUCCAAGGCGUUUCAUUUUUUGUCUUUGUCUUGUAUCUCUUGAGUAUGAUAUUAAUUGCAUAUGUGUGAAUGGAUCAGUCUUAUUUAUUUAGCCUAGCUUUGGGCUUGUGGGCGCAAGCAUUUUCAAGAAGUGUUGAGAGUCAGUUGUAAAAUCCCUCUAAAUGACAGGUGAUGCCAAAUAUGCCUAUUUUUUAAAUUUAUUUUAAGGGUGGUGGUAGAUAUUAUUUUGAAAAACUCAUAAAUGAAUAUUCAUGUGUAAAGGUCACAUGGUUUCCGCUCAUUAAAUCUUUUUUUAAAAAAUAAUAAAGCUCCACAAGCAGAGAACACAGAAAUGUUUCACAGAAUGUUUCCUUGAUCCACUUUCUGUUUAGAUCUGGUGAAAGAAUGUGUUCAUCCUGCCUCAAAGGUUUUGUUCCUGGCUUAAAUGUUUACAGAUUCAGUCAAGCAUUUAUCAGGAAUCCUGACUAGCAUAGUUUAUGUAAUUCAACUAAAGCAUAAACUGUACCAAAGUUCAUGUCUGUGGCUUGCGGCACUGCUAAAUACUUGAAAACCCACUGUCAAAGUUGACCUCAAUAGUCAUUCAUUUUUCUUUCUGCUUGGAGAUAUUCAAAACUUUUGAGCCAACUAUAACACUUUAAGAUGUAAGAUUAUUUUUAAAAAAUGCUGCAUUAUUUGUGAUGUACAGUAUGUGUGCGCAUGCACAGUUUUUGUAUUAAACACAUUUAUUUAACAUCAUCAGUUCUGUACUGCCUAAGCAUCAAGAAUCUCUGUGCUGGCAGUGGCUGAUAGUCACUGCCUUUAUGCGUCUUUGGUUUGCAGUGUAAAUAGGCAGACUAGUGUGUUCAAGUAUGAGACUGAAAGUAAUAUUGACUGUGAGCCAAUCAAAACUUUGUUUUGUGUACAAAUUUUCUUUGAACAGGAAGAUGGGAAAAUGUAUUAACAUGUGUCAGCUUUGAUUCUGAAGCAUAAGUAAAAAGGGACAUGUUCUAGAAUUCUCUGUAGAUCAAGAUUUGCAAGUGGAGGUUUUGAGUUCCAUCAGUGUUGCAAUGAUACUUUUGUGGGAGUAUAGUGAAAGAGGCCUUUUUCUGAUCAUAGCUAAACCGUUGCUUUGAGAAGUUCAUUGGUACCUUCUUAUCUAUCCAGGGAUAACCCACCCUUAUGACCCUGUUAACUAAAUGUUGUAUACUUUCAUCAAGAUUUCAAUAACAGAGACAUUGUCUGCUUGUAGUGUGCGUAUAGCUUUAUUACUAAUUAUGGUGAAGGGCUUCGGGGUGUCAGAAAAAUGAACUUGAGUGGUUGCUAAAUUCCUAGUCAUGCUUCUAUUCAUGCCAAGAAACAGAAAAAAAAAAUGCUAGCUACAGUCAGUUCACCAAACCAUAGGCGAUGCUGUUAUUAACCAGAAUCAAAUUAUAAACCAACCAUAAAGUACAUUUAUCAUACAUUUAAUUUUGUCUGUGGAUUUACAUUCAGUAAUGGAUUUUACCAAGACUAAAGUACAGUAAAUUAAGAAGCUCAGACCCUUGAGAUUAAACUAAACAAUGCUUAGGAAAUGUUUUCUGCAACAUGUUCACUGCCCAUGUCAGAGGUGAAUAUUGUUAUGCAAGGCACGAUGUUGAUCAUUGUUGUUUUUCAUUACUGUUACAAGUAUGAUGUUUCCACCAUCACCUGAUCUCUUGCACAUGGAUUCCCUGAAGCUGUCCUAGCUUUCUCUUCGGUUGACAGAAAAAAAAUGUCUCAUGCUGUUCUCUUUUUGUCACUGGCACUUUGUGGAUGCUGAUUGGCUAUUUCUCAAAGAAGUAAGGAAGACAUUAUCUAGUCAUUUCAGCUUUACAUAUUUAUGUCUAUAUGGUUGGUAGGGGGUCACAAUGUUUCUUGUGCAAAUCAUGUUGAAGUGAUGUCAUGUUAUCAGUUUUCAAGCUGAUGUCAUUUUGUAAUGUUUGUUUGCUAGCCCUCAACUAUGGUAUUAGAGCUUUGUUUAUCUUAUACGAUAUUUUGAGUAUUAAAACUGGCUUCCAGCUCAUGUUUGUUACUUAAGCUUAACACAGAGGCAUCAGAAUAUGACUUGCUUGAUGUUAACUGUCACAUGACCCUCCCCACUCCCUUCUCUUAUCUAUCACACCCCCUAUACUGUGAACAGCUUGCAUGAUGAUGUUUUAAUUUCCAGAUAUGUGGCGAAGGAGGACCAGUAAUUGUAAAUGUUACAAGGCAAAAUCAUUGUCUAUCAUUGGAAGUUUGUUGCCUCUUUCAGCUCAGAUAUUUUCCUUUGCAUACAGAAUGUGAACUUUAAAGCAGGUAAUGCUUUCUCUUUGACCCAAACAAACCCUGGUUGUAUCCCACCCCCAACCCACCUCACCUUCUGAACCUAGAGUGCAAAGGGAGACUGGCCUCUGCACCUUUCACACAUUAACAGCUUGUUUUUGCCCUGGCCUGGGAUAGUGGUUUGAGAUUUAAUUAAAACAAGAUUUUUCUAGCUUGUCAAAUGCUUUGAGUUUUCUUUCUUUUAAUUCACUUGGAAUUUUCGUAUUGGAAUUUUGAUAAUGUGUAUGCUCAGUCAUCAUGAUGGAACACACUGAGCAGUCUUUUUCAAAAGUAAAGAUGAGUCAUUUAUAGCGCAUUUGGUAGCUUUGGGGUAAAAAAGUGCUGAAAUUUUUUUUUAUCUCCUUUUAAAAUUAUGGAAAAGGAAUAAUGAUAUUAAUCAUGACAAUAUUAAGCUCGAUAGACAUAGAUUUCACCUUGCUUAUGUAAAGGACAAAAUAUUUUUUAAAAAUCUGAAUCACUAACCUGUUGCAAACCAUUGUUAUUGCCGAUGUAGAGAAAAUGGGCUUUUGUGCAAGUUUCUUGAUGGCGCUGUUUAUGAUAAUUUUUCUAAGCAAGAAGUUGGAUUAAAUUGUAUUUACAUGUAUAUGUUUUUGUAUGUUUGUAAGUAUGUACAUGAAUGUAGCCUGUCACACAUCUUAGUGCCAUGUGUGAUUUUACAUCAACAAAGUGCAAAAUAAAACUGUAUUGUUUUUCCA